AUUAUUGAGAAUGUCUGCAAGAAACAAGGAUUUGUUAGUGAAGAAUAUGAAUUAAGACAUCAAAGGAAGAUUCUUGAUCCGAAAUUGUCAAUGAGAUUUAGUAAUAUUCCAAACAAUGCAAAGUUAGAGCUUGUUAAGGCAGACAAAUUGAGGACAGAGUCGUCAACGCAUAUAGCCCUACAACUGCCUGAAGGGCAAAGGUUACAGCAUGCAUUCACACCGAGUUCAAGUUUGUGGGACAUCAUUGAGCAUUGGCAACAAACUCUUCAGAG